AUGCUAGACACCACAGUUGGUUCGUCGCCGGCGCGCCGCCCUCGCAAAUCGUUGGGGCAGCAUUUCCUGACCGACACCCGCAUCGCCAAUCGGAUCGUCGCCGCCGCCGAUCCGUCACCCGCCGACACUAUCGUUGAAAUCGGUCCCGGUUCCGGUAUCCUGACCAGGCGACUGGUGCAAGUCGCCGGCCAGGUGGUUGCCGUGGAGCUUGACCCGGCCCUGGCUGCCAGGUUAUCCGAGCGCAUCGGCAAUCCCGACAACCUGAAAGUCCUGCCAGCCGAUGGACGCACCGUUGAAAUUUCCGCGUUGUUUGACGACGGCGGGCCGUACAAACUGGUAGCCAACCUCCCAUAUUACGCGGCAUCCCCCAUCGUGCGCCGAUUCCUGGAAGCCGCGCUUCAUCCCACGCUGUUGGUGGUAAUGGUGCAACGCGAGGUGGCAGCCGCCAUGUGCGCACCGCCCGGUUCAAUGACCCUGCUGUCGGUUGCUACCCAAUUCUACGCCGUGCCGUCGGUGGUAACGCAGGUGCCGGCACGCUCGUUCCGCCCGCCGCCUAAAGUGGCUUCCACGGUGGUGAAACUGGUGAUGCGGGACAAGCCGCCGGCGGACGUUGACGAUACCAGCGAAUUUUUUUCCCUGGUUCGGGCCGGAUUUGCCGCUCCCCGGAAACAGCUGCGCAACUCGCUGGUGCAAGGUUCCGGAUGCCCGGCAGAGAUUGUUUCCCCGGUGCUGGAGGCGGCCGGCAUCGACGGGCAGCGUCGCCCGGCCACUUUGACGAUUCCGGAGUGGGCGGCCCUCAACACCGGGUGGCCGCAAAACACCCCGCGCCAUCGCGACCUGCGACCGACGGCCGGCAGCGAUGGUCGCCGACACCACCGAACCCGAUAA